UCGCCUCCUUAGACCCUCUCCUUCCUCCUCUGAGGUAAGUACAGCUUAAGCCCUUUCUUCCUCUGUUGCACAGUGAGCAAACGUCAACCUCGGAAUACCGGAAAACCGCCAUUGAAGCGCCGAUGCUAAGCUUAAUAGCUCGAACCAGGAACCUCUCCUCUUCAAAGCUCAAACCUUUCGUGGUUCCUCUCUCACUCCUUUUCCAAUCGGACCUACCGAGCCCUUCCCAUGAAAAUCCUCAAAAUCCAGACUUUGCAUCCGCCCGCCUCACCUUCUUCGCGCCGUUCGCCAGCAUCGGCGGCGGCCCGUCGAAGGUGAAAUCGACCUUGCCGCUAUCUCGGGAAGGAAAUUACGACGAUGCGACCCCCCAUGACGCCGUCUGCCCCGGCUGUGGGGUCCACAUGCAGGACUCCGACCCCAAGCAGCCGGGCUACUUCUCCAACCCCAGCUGGAAACCUGCCCAUUACCACAUGUUCAGCUCACACCUCGCGCCCGUCGCGCAGGAGCCGGAGUUCUCCGAUUCCCUCAAGAGGGGCUUCAUCGUCGAGACUGAGAACCCUAACGCCGCUCCCAAUUUGACUGAUAAGCCCGUGGUCUGUGCCCGCUGCCACUCGCUCCGGCACUAUGGUAAGGUGAAGGACCCGACUGUGGAGAACUUACUUCCCGAUUUUGAUUUUGACCACACGGUCGGCAGGAAACUGAUCUCAAUCAGCGGGACGCGCUCUGUGGUCCUGAUGGUUGUGGAUGCUUCCGAUUUCGACGGGUCGUUCCCAAAGAAGGUCGCCAAUUUAGUGUCCUCUGUGAUCGAGGAGAAUUCCUCUGCUUGGAAGGAGAAAAGAUCAGGCAAUGUUCCAAGAAUUCUGUUGGUCGUGACGAAGAUCGAUUUGCUGCCCAGCAGCAUUUCUCCGACCCGAUUUGAGCACUGGGUGAGGACGAGGGCCCGAGAAAAUGGAGCGAUCAAGAUCACUAGCUUGCACUUGGUGAGUGCAGUUAGGGACUGGGGGUUGAAGAACCUGGUGGACGAUGUGGUCUCCUUGGCUGGACCGAGAGGGAACGUUUGGGCCAUCGGAGCCCAGAAUGCUGGGAAGAGCACAUUGAUCAAUGCGAUCAGGAAGCAUGCUGUUGCGCUCGGGGGAGGGAAGGUUACACAUCUGACAGAAGCUCCGGUCCCGGGAACCACUCUAGGGAUCGUUCGGGUUGAGGGGAUUUUGCCUGGCAAUGCGAAGCUCUUUGAUACGCCUGGGUUGCUGAAUCCGCAUCAGAUAACAACCCGACUGAUUAGGGAAGAGCAGAAGCUCGUGUAUGUCAGCAAGGAGUUUAGACCUCGAACUUACAGGAUUAAGAAAGGUCAUUCGGUUCAUAUCGCCGGGCUUAUGAGGCUGGACACCGAAGAUUUAUCGGUAGACACAAUCUAUGUCACUGUGUGGGCCUCUCCAUAUCUUCCAUUACACAUGGGGAAGACGGAGAACGCACAUACUAUGAUAGAAGAACACUUUGGUCGCCAAUUGCAGCCUCCGAUCGGUGAAGGCCGUGUCCAAGAACUGGGGAAGUGGGUGAGGAAAGAAUUCCGAGUAACUGGCAACAGUUGGGACUCGAGUUCCGUGGACAUUACUGCUGCUGGUCUCGGUUGGUUUGCUAUCGGGCUCAAGGGAGAGGCGGUCUUGGGCGUAUGGACAUAUGAAGGAGUCGACCUCAUCCUAAGAAACUCAUUGAUUCCCUUCAGGUCUCAGAUAUUCGAGGAUGCUGGGUUCACAGUCUCGAAGAUCGUCUCAAGGGCAGACCAAGCUCUUAAUAAGUCGAAGCGCUGCGGUGAAAAGAAGGGUAGUAGAAAGUUGAAGGAGCCUGAAGUAGCUGUUCCUCUCGAAUUGCCAGCCGAUGGGAACUCGAAUUUUUGCACGGCUACCUAAUUGUUGACGUUGACAGUUGUUUGUUGGGAUGUAACUGAUGUUGAAUGAAAUAGGUAUAGAUGAAAAUUAAGGGGAAUUGAAAAUUUUGUCUGCUUGAUUGGGGAAAGUAAUAUAAUUGUUUCAUUUGGUUAAUUGAAAUGAUGGUGGGCUAUUUUUACCCUUA